UACAUAGCUUCCUGCCCCCCAGCACUCUUGGCUGCACCAUGACACUGACUGUCCACCUCUCCUACUUUCUGGUCCUGUUGGCGGCAGGGCAAGGCCGCGACUCCCUCCUCAAGGAUGCAGGUCCCCGACCACUGGAGCUGACAGAAGUCUUCAAGCUGUUCCAGACCAAGUACAACCGGAGUUACUCAAACGAAGCAGAGUAUGCUCGCCGUCUGGACAUCUUUGCCCACAACUUGGCCCAGGCUCAACGACUGCAGGAGGAAGAUUUGGGCACAGCAGAGUUUGGGGAGACUCCAUUCAGUGACCUCACAGAGGAGGAGUUUGUUCAACUCUACGGGCAUCAGAGGGCGCCUGAAAGGAUCCCCCACAUGGUCAAAAAGGCAAGGUCUAGAAAGUGGGGGGGACCAGUGCCCCCCAGCUGUGAUUGGCGUAAGGCAAAAAACAUCAUCUCAUCCAUCAAGAACCAGGAAAACUGUGGGUGCUGCUGGGCCAUGGCAGCAGCGGACAACAUUGAGGCCCUGUGGCACAUCAAACACAACCAGUUUGUGGAAGUCUCUGUGCAGGAGCUGUUGGACUGUGACCGCUGUGGAAAUGGCUGCCAGGGCGGUUUUGUGUGGGACGCAUAUAUGACUGUCCUCAACAACAGUGGCCUGGCCAGCAAAAAGGAUUACCCAUUCCAGGGACGCCCCAGCCCCCGUGGGUGCCUAGCCAAGAAGUACAAGAAGGUGGCCUGGAUCCAAGAUUUCACCAUGUUGAAGAGUAAUGAGCAGGUGAUUGCAGGCUACCUGGCCACCCAUGGCCCCAUCACCGUGACUAUCAACAUGAAGCUACUCCAGGGUUACCAGAAGGGUGUGAUCAAGGCCACGCACACUAACUGUGAUCCCCAACACGUGGACCAUUCUGUCCUGUUGGUCGGUUUUGGCAGAGACAAGGAGGGCAUACAGUCAGGGACAGUCUCAUCCCAGGCUCACAAACCCCGCCGCUGGGUCCCAUACUGGAUCCUGAAGAACUCCUGGGGAGCUGAAUGGGGCGAGAAGGGCUACUUCAGGCUAUACCGGGGAAACAACGGCUGUGGUAUCACCAAGUACCCAAUCACCGCUCAUGUGGACCAUCCGGUUAAGAAGUCACCAAUCUCUUGCCCACCUUGAGGCCAGCAGCAAGCACUCAGCCUCUCCUACUUGGCCACUGUCCUCGUCAGCCUGACCCUGAGGUUCUUCCUGGCUUCUCCAUCCUCUCUGUAUGGCUUCAUAAACCUAGAUAUGAUCCCUG